AAGAGUAAACACACUUUGAAACAAACGAAUUGGAGGGAUUCCAGCGUAGAUUUGAAAUUUUGUACUUGAAAAAGUCUUGGGAAGUUAGUUCGAAGCUUGAGGGAGACUAUUUGGACUAAUCGUCAAAAGAUUUCGAAGGACAAUGUGAACUGGUGGGAACUUUGCAUGGCCAACAAGAUCCGUAUCCAAUGGAGAUUGUAACAACUGUAGCGAAAGCGGUUUAAGUGGAAAACGACAACAAUACAAAAGUUAGAAAAAAGUAUUUUACAGAGAAUAUGUUUAUAUUCCAAACUGCCGUGAUGUUUUUGUUUUGUGGCUAACCAUGUUUCAAUUAACGAUCGAUUGAAAGUUCUAGAAUUAAUAAUCACGUUAUCACUCGGUCAUGAACCUAGUCAUGAAAACUAGUGAACAGACGCUGAAUGUUUUAAACACCAGAAAAAUCUAUGAAGAUGUUUAUUUGAUACAUGAUUAGCAAAACGUGAUGCAACCAGACGAGGUAUUCCAAGAACAAAUAUCAAAUUCAGACUACGACAAUAAUAUAUUAUUGAAUAUGUCAGACGAAAUCUGCACUGACAAUGGUGGUAAGUUGUUGGUCUGGGGUUGUGGUGAGUUUGGCCAACAUGGACAYGGUCAUCAAAAUGACAUCUCCCUCUCUACCGGGCUGUCUAAUCCAUUGUUACUAGGGCAAGAUGUUUUGGUUGCUAAGGUAGCCUGUGGUUCAAGUCAUACUGUGUGCAUUACAGAUGAUGAUCGCAUAUACAGUUGGGGAAAUGGUAACAGUGGCCAGUUAGGAAUUGGRCAAUCCAAGACAGUUUUCCAACCACAUGGUGUCCAGCUAGGAGUGUCUCUGGGUACCAGGGUAAAGGGUAUAACAUGYGGUACCAGACACACAUUUGCCUGGACAGACAAUGGAGAGUGUUACAGUUUUGGUAAUAACUUUAGUGCCCAGCUGGGAUACGAUUUUAGAAAGCCAGACUUUAAAGAUAAUCAGCCAAGCCCAGUUUACCUUGAAACACUUUUCAACCAGAAAGUCAUCCAAGUUGCAUGUGGCUCUAGACAUUCACUGUUUUUGUUYAAUUCUGGAACCAUUGCUUCAGUUGGGUCAAAUGACAGAGGGCAGCUUGGCCUGGGUAAUAGAAUUGAAAGUGUUUGUGUCAAGAAUAUUCCUGAUAUGCAAGAUAUUGCUGUCRUUGGUUGUGGAAAUUGUCACUGUCUUGCUGCAAGUGGAGAUGGUAAGUUAUAUGCUUGGGGUUACGGCAAAGCUUGUGGUUCUAAAGAAGACAUAUUGGAACCUACAUGUAUCUACAACUACAGUGAUAAAUGUGUGAAGACGUUAGAGGGAGGUGACUCUCACUCAAUGCUUCUAYUUGAUGAUGGUUCUUUGUUCUCUUGGGGGGUGAAUUUUGAGGGCCAACUUGGGCUUGGAGAACAAAUCAAAUUUCAAAGCARCCCUGCUGAAAUAAAGAAUAAAGCYAUYCAAGGAAAUGUUUUGAGCAUUUCUGUGGGUGAAAAUACUUCUGCUGCGACAACAGUCAACGGGGAGCUUCUCAUGUGGGGAAGAAACGUCAGCCAAGUGUUUCGUGAUGAUGAAGGUCCAAGAUAUUGUCAAUUUUAUCCUUAUCCUGUCYCUCUAGGAAGUUGGAAGGCAGUAAAGGUAUCCUUGGGGUCAUGGCACGUUGCUUGUGUUGUUGUUCCAUUGACAAAACAAAUAACAAGAAGACUAUCAUCCUUUGAAAACACAACAAAGAAAGACCUUUCAGAAAYGCUCUACAAAAAUGAGAAUAAUAGCACAUUACCAAGUGACUAUUUAGGUCUGAUAGUCUCUGAACUAGACAUAACAUCUCCUGAUUUUGAAAAAACUUCAGAUGAUGACACAAAUAUUCAAGAAAAUGUAUUUGCUGAAUAUGAAAAAUCAGACGAUUUUGGUGAAUAUUUUGAAAUGAAARAGAUUGAAAUGGAAACAAAUACCGARAGCAAACAAAACAAGCAAAAGAAAACUGGUAUAAKUUUGAAAUCUGGUGAAAAAGCAACUGGCAAUCUACAAUUCACUURCAAGGACACAGUUUCUAAAAAUUCAGAGAAAUUAGAUAAUGAAGUGACAUUAACAGAUUUGGAAUCAAGGUCGACUAAUAUUAUUGGUAAAUCAAAUGUAAACCARGAAAUCCAACMCUUGUUAAAUGCUCAUGAAGAAAAAGUUUCAMRUAUUCAAUCAACCACAAACAAGCAACUAAACUUUGUACCAUCAAAAAUGGAUAUAAAUCAGCAAGAACGUGAGAAAAAUCUUGCUGAAGUUCAGUGUUCAAAUUUAUCUUCAUAUCAAUCCAAAGAUGACAAGUUGCAGUGUGACAGAGACCAUGACUCAAAAAUAUCUAUUUCAAAUACAGAAAAAAUGGUCUUAAGAUAUAAAAGUGACAAUGAAAAUGUAAAUGAGCAGGAAAAAAUGAAAUCAAAGGAAAGAGAAGYGCAAAAGCCAUCCAGUGCACCAGGGAGUGCGAGAAGCAAAACMAAGGAUWCUAGACAUKCCAUUARUGUUGCAAGAGGCUCAACUAAACUAAGAAGGACACAAAGUGAAGAUUCUUCAGUGUGUAAAACUAUAUUUGAUCUUGUACCUACAAAACAUGGGGAUAGUUUACAAUACAGUAGGUCAUUCAGUAACGCUACAAUAACMAGUCAACAACGACAAGGAAAGGCUAAGCAAGAAGUUCCAAGUUGUGAUUACAAUAAUGACAAUAUUAUUUCUAAAGAUGACACAAAAAUAUAUGAAGAUACAAAGCCAGACCCACUGCAUUCUCCAAAAGCUUCAAACAAUAUGACAAUUAAACAACUAAAGUUUUCAGGAGGAACUACUGAAACUGACAUUUUUGCUGAAGAUGAUAAAAAUAAAUCAAAUGGAGAUAAAAGUACAGGAGCUCACUACUUAUAUACAGCAAAGCAAACAGAYGUGAUUCCAGGAAAUAUUACAACUACUCAACUAAGAUUGUCAGGAMAAAUUGCAACUGGAACAUUGAACAGAGAAAAGAAAGCWCCAAGACACYUGAGAAGAGUUCCUUCAACACCGGAAUAUAGCCUUCCACAUCAACCCAUACAUACCAAAUCCAGCACAAGACAUGAUGACCAACUGCAAAGGACUCAAUCUAAUCCAAAUAUCAACAUUUCUGGACAAAAAUUUGAAGCUCAGCCUUCAUCYUCUAGCACRCCUAGCUCUCCACCAUCACRAACCCAUAUGCCACACCCACCGAACUCAACAAGUGGUCUUCCACCAAGGCCCCCWGGGACAAGACGACCAAAUGCACAGAAGAUAUUUUAUUCRUCAGGAUCAUCUUGGAGAAGGAGRACAACAAUGAUGUAACAAUGAACUAAAAAUAGMAAGCCUGUGUACAUCCCCUACUGGGGAAAAAUAAUUGARGGGGUGGUAUUGUGUGUCUCCAUACACAGAUGCUAUGCAAGCUAGAACUAUGUUAUAAUAACUGAAUUUUAUAGGCAUUCUUUAAAAAAAUUACAUAAUGACAAUAAUAUGAAAAUAUUUCUUAUACAACAUUUUUGAUAAAAACUUUGUGCACAGAAAUCUUAAUUCAAAAUUCCAAAAGUUACAUAUUUGUAUCCUUUUUACUAUUGCACUGAUAUUUUGAUAUUAUURUAUGAUA